GAACAGUUAAAAUAAAUCGUUGCCAAAUCGACACUCGGUAUUUUCUUAUCAGCUCCGAGGAAGGAAGGAAGGAACAAUUGAGCAUCGCUGUAUAUUGUAGUUUGGAUCGUUAUUUUGUGUUACAAGGUUCUUCAAAGACAAGAGGAAGCUUCCGAGCCUCUUUUCCGAGCCUCUUGAGUAACCCAUGAGUGGUUGAUAUAUUGUGCAAGUCAGUGAAACGUGAAACUUUGAUUCAAUUACGUGGAGUUGUCCGGUUUUUGUUUCGAGCCAUUAAAUUCCGAGCAACACUUUUCCUAGAACAACUGAUCGUGUAAGGAAACACCCUGGGAUACGAGACAUUUAGACUAGAAUCAAGGUGACCAAACAAAAGCACAAUACUCUUAUUUAGAGUUAGUUCUAAAGUGAAUUGUUCGUAGUACAAAGUACCUCUCUUGUGCGCUUUCAUUGUCCAAUUACAGUGCUGUAGUUGUGACAAUACCAAGAACAUCAAGGAAGAUUACGAGAGAUUUACAGGUUAUUCAAGUAGRACGGAUACCAGACCUACUCACUCUCUGAAGCAAGACCGCAACUGAUAAACAUGGCGCACAACAACACCUCUUCUCCUGGUGCUUCAACUUUUGGUAAUUCAACUUCUGGCAAUUCAAGUCUUUUCAAAAACGAAAGUUUGCCAAGAUCCAGAUCAACUGCUGGGAUUUGCGAUACGGACGUUAGUGAUGGAGCACUCGCAUUCAAAGCACUGUUUUACAUUCUAGUAAUCAUAUGUUCUCUAGUUGGCAAUAGCUGCAUCGUUGCUGUAGUUUUGAGGAAUCGAAGGAUGAGGACGCCUGUCAACUUCUUCAUACUAAACAUGGCCAUUGGUGAUCUGUUGAUAACGGUGUUCUUCAUGCCUCGUAUGUUAACUCGUAUCUUCUAUGGCGUGGAAUGGCAGAUCGAUGGGCUAACUGGCUUGAUUUUGUGUAAAAUCUCCCCAUCUAUGCAAGAACUUUGUUCCUGUCUGUCUGUCCUUUGGUUCAUGGCGAUAUCGAUAGACAGAUUUUUUGCUGUUGUCUUCCCGUUGAAGAAGAUUAUCACCAAAAAUGUUGCCUAUAUGAUGAUAGCGGGUAUUUGGUUCAUCGCGAUAGCUGCGCGCUUUCCAUCUUUCUAUUACUUGAACCUGUACUACUUCCGUACAAAUGUGUACUGCACAAUAGUGCUUAAGGAUAACAAACUUCUGGAGGAAGUUUAUUAUAACUUUUCGUUUGUGAUUUUUUACGCCGUCCCGCUGUGUAUCGUGGUGAUUCUCUACACCGCUGUUAUAUUGGCGCUGAAAAAACGCAAGCGUCCCGGAGCGACAAGCUUGACUCAACAAAACAACCAACUCAAGAGGACACACAGAAUCCUCAAGAUGCUGGUCGCUGUUGUCAUCAACUUUUCCAUUUGCUGGUUUCUGUACUUUUGCAUACCUGUUCUCCUGCCAUAUUUGGAUUUACAGAUGGCUUGUGAUCUUUUCUUCCCGAGGUUUUUUCUUUCUCAUCUGAAUUGCGUCUUCAAUCCUCUUGUUUAUCUUAUUUCCAUCGAGAAUUACCGUCAUGGUGUUAAAAACAUCUUUUCCUGUCUCUGCCCCAAACGGUUCUGUAUCAACGCUGUCGCCCCUGAGGAUGAAUGCAGUACAUCAGAGAUAAGGAAUAAAACUCACGGACGAUCGUCAGUCUUUGUUGUGGACAACGAGACUGCUUCUAACAAGUACAAUACGAGUACGUCUCCUCUCUGAACAUUUCCUGAAUCCAAGACGAAAAAGAUAGGGAAAAAAGAGAAAGAUAUGAAAGAAUUAAGACAAAGCCAAACGUGGAUUCUUUCUUUAUCAGUUGGUGAUGGGUUUAUUGCGACGUUACGAACCACUUUGUAAGACACUACAGAAAAAGAAAAAGGCAUUAAGUGCUAAAAACAUUACAGCAAAAACACGGCAUUAUAAGAUGAUAAAUUGAACCAAACAAUUGAACAAAAAUGCAUCUACCGUUGUAUAUAAAGAGUAGGAUUUAUUUCUCUCUAAGAUUUUUGAAUUUUGGCUUGGAAACAGCGCAUUUGGUAUUCAUGUAUAUAUAUUGAUAAAAUAUUUAGUUCAUUCGCAGAAAACGUGGUAAAAUAACCUGARAAAAAAAAGUUGCAUAUAACUGCGCGAAAAUCCAAUAAAUCUCUAUCUACGAAAGAGAGAGAGAGAAAAAUAUUGGUUUGACUAAAAAUUUAGCUUGGAAAUUCCAGCGAGCAUUGACUGUCCAAAAAUAUAGAUAAUCUUUAUCUAAAGUGGGAUUUUAAAAGCUUUUAACUUCAUAGAGAAAGGAACACUCAAAUCCUUGUUUAAUGCUUUUGAAUAAUGACGCAUAUUUGUAAUCGUACCCCAGGGAGUUGCCAAUCCUUGGCGAUAAUGAACUUUAAUUUAUUGUAGAAACUACACGGGUCUAGUUGCUAGCAGUGAUCGAAAAGCUAAGAAAUUGGUAAAUCGUGCUGCUAAAAAUGGCGGUUAACUUGAACUUAAUUUUUACCAAAAGAACGCAAUUGAGUGUAUUAGUAGCUAAAUCCUUGCCAGUAAAUUGAUUUUGUGUCAGUAAGUAAUAAACUAUUAUAAAUAAUACUAAUGUUUUGAAAGCGCGAUAUAUGCAUUAUUCUAAAGCACUUGCGUUGAARUAAAUCAGAUAUAUAGUAUGAUAAAUAUACUCCUAAUAACAUAUAUAUAAAUGAUAAAUAAAGCAAUCUCUGAA